UUGCAUACAACCAAUCAGCGAGAAGGAUAUAUGGGAAACGUUCGCCCCUCCUCACCCGGAAGGGGCCGGGCACAGCAUCCGAAACCACCAGUGGGCGGCCGGGAGGCGGGGCCCCGUGGGGGCGGGGGCGGUAGCGUCUGUCGCGAGUGCCGGAGGCGGGUGCGGUUCUGGAUCCAUGGAGCGAGCCGCGGGGCCCAGCAUGGAACUUGCCAAGUCCAUCAAACCUAUUGAUCGGAGGUCAGUCCAUCAGAUUUGUUCUGGGCAAGUGGUACUGAGUUUAAGCACUGCUGUAAAGGAGUUGGUAGAAAACAGUGUGGAUGCUGGUGCCACUAAUAUUGAUAUAAGGCUUAAAGACUAUGGGGUGGAUCUCAUUGAAGUUUCAGACAAUGGAAGUGGGGUGGAAGAAGCAAACUUUGAAGGCUUAACUCUGAAACACCACACUUCUAAGAUUCAAGACUUUGCUGACCUAACUCAGGUUGAAACUUUUGGCUUUCGGGGGGAAGCUCUGAGCUCGCUUUGUGCACUGAGUGAUGUAACUAUUUCUACUUGCCACACAUCUGCCAAGGUUGGGACUCGGCUGGUGUUUGAUCACAAUGGGAAAAUUGUCCAGAAAACCCCCCAUCCACGGCCCAGUGGGACAACGGUCAGUGUACAGCAACUAUUUUAUACACUGCCUGUUCGCCAUAAGGAAUUUCAAAGGAACAUUAAAAAGGAGUAUGCCAGAAUGGUCCAGGUCUUACACGCAUACUGUAUCAUUUCAGCAGGCAUCCGUGUGAGUUGCACUAAUCAGGUUGGACAAGGAAAGCGACAGCCUGUGCUUUGCACCAGUGGAAGCUCCAGCAUCAAGGAAAAUAUUGGAUCUGUGUUUGGGCAGAAACAGUUGCAAAGCCUCGUUCCUUUUGUUCAGCUGCCCCCUAGCGACUCUGUGUGUGACGAAUACGGGCUGAGCUGCUCCGACGCAUUGCACAAUCUGUUCCGUGUCUUAGGUUUCGUUUCUCGUUGUACUCACGGUGUGGGAAGGGGUUCAACGGACAGGCAGUUCUUCUUUAUCAAUCGGCGGCCUUGUGACCCAGCAAAGGUUUCCAGACUUGUGAAUGAGGUUUAUCACAUGUACAACCGACAUCAGUAUCCCUUCGUUGUUCUUAACAUUUCUGUUGAUUCAGAGUGUGUUGAUGUCAAUGUUACUCCAGAUAAAAGGCAAAUUUUACUACAAGAGGAGAAGCUUUUGUUGGCUGUUUUGAAGACGUCUUUGAUAGGAAUGUUUGAUAGUGAUGCCAGCAAACUGAAUGUUAAUCAGCAGCCGCUUUUGGAUGUCGAAGGUAACUUAAUGGAAACGCAUUCUGCUGAAGUGGAAAAGCCUCUGCCGGGAAAGCAGGAUAAUCCCCCUUUGUUAAGGAGUCGAGGAGAAGAGAAAAGGGCCGUGACCAUUUCCAGACUGCGAGAGGCCUUUUCUCUUCGUCACACACCUGAGAACAAGUCUCAGGGCCUGAGGACUGUGGGGCUGAGACGGGUUUCUCCACGACAGAAGGGAAGCUCAGUGCCUUGCAGCUCUGUGGGGCCCCUCUGCUCCCAGAAGCCCAUGUCUGGCCCUCAGGAGGAGGCGAGGAGUUCGGAUAAGGGCCCCUGUGAACGUGGGGACAGAGUGGAGAUGGGGAAAGACUUGGGGUGCGGUGACACCUGCAGUUCAGGGGAAGGGUUCCGCACCCUGGAAACGGGCAGCCAUGCCAGCAGCGAUCAGGCAGCCUCCCCUGAAGACAGGCUUUCACGAGAAAAUGUGGAAUCCUGUCCGAAGUUACCUGCCUCUGACCGUGGAUUUUCUGACACAGAAUGCCGUUUAGACCAGGCGGACAGUGGGCGUGAAUCCACAGUUCUGCCUCAGCCAACUUGUCUCUCAUCCUCAAACACAAAGCGUUUUAAAAAAGAAGAGAUUCCUUUAAAUUCUGACAUUGCUCAAGAGCUGGUUAAAGCUCAGAACAUGUCCGCGUCUCAGGUUGAUGUAGCUAUUAAAAUCAGUAAGAAAAUAGUGCCCCUGGAUUUUUCUAUGACUUCUUUAGCUAAACGAAUAAAGCAAUUACAUCACCAAGAACAGCAAAGAGAAGAUGAACAGCAUUACAGGAAGUUUCGGGCAAAGAUUUGCCCUGGAGAAAAUCAAGCAGCAGAAGAUGAGCUAAGGAAAGAGAUAAGUAAAACAAUGUUUGCAGAAAUGGAAAUCAUUGGUCAGUUUAACUUGGGAUUUAUAAUCACCAAACUGAACGCGGAUAUCUUCAUAGUGGACCAGCAUGCCACGGAUGAGAAGUACAACUUCGAGAUGCUGCAGCGGCACACUGUGCUGCAGGGCCAGAGGCUCAUAGCACCACAGACUCUCAACUUAACUGCUGUCAAUGAAGCUGUUCUAAUAGAAAAUCUGGAGAUUUUCAGAAAGAAUGGCUUUGAUUUUGUUAUUGAUGAAGGUGCUCCAGUCACUGAAAGGGCUAAAUUAAUUUCCUUGCCAACCAGUAAAAACUGGACCUUUGGACCUCAGGACAUAGAUGAACUGAUCUUUAUGCUGAGUGACAGCCCUGGGGUGAUGUGCCGGCCCUCCCGAGUCAGGCAGAUGUUUGCCUCCAGGGCCUGUCGGAGAUCAGUGAUGAUUGGAACUGCUCUUAACACAGGUGAGAUGAAGAAACUCAUUGCCCAUAUGGGUGAGAUGGACCAUCCCUGGAACUGUCCCCACGGGAGGCCGACCAUGAGACACAUUGCCAAUCUGAACAUCAUUUCUCAGAGCUGACAAUUCUCAUAUUGUAGAACUGUGAAUCUUAUUGCAGAUUUUUCUGUUUGGAAAGGAAGGUUUUAAGUAACCAUCUUUUAAUUUCAAAUGUAAUCUGUUACUUAAAAAAAAGUGUCAGAUUCAUUUAGAAAUGAUUUUGAGAAUCUUUUCAAACCAUAUGGAGCAUUGCUUGCAACAUUUUUUGUUCUACAUUUGAGUGUGUGUGUGUGUAUAUACAGCCAAGAGCAUGUUUUACAAAAAUAGGAAGCGCACCUUGAAAGUUACCUAGGCCUCUGAUCUGGCCUAACAUAUUUUAGUCUAAACUUCCAGCUCUUAAUGAUGAUUAAGUUCAAAGUGGUUUAAUUCCAUUAAUUAAAAAUUACAGUCUUUGGGGGUUAGUGAUUCUCAACCCUUAUGCACAUUAAAUUUUAAAAAAGGAAUAAUCCAAAAACCCAAGGGGGAGUCUCUGCUCAACUUGAAGAAAACUUCCAGGUAGCACCUGGGGUUUUAAAUGUUCCCCAGUAUAGCCAGGGUGGCAAAGUGCUGUUGUGGGCAAGGGGAAAUAAAAGAUUUUGAUUUUUCUGUAA